AUGUACUUGCUUGUUGUUUACUUCACAGCUCUGUUCCCCUACUUGGUUCUGGUCGUACUUUUGGCCCACGGAGUCACUCUACCUGGAGCUUUAGAUGGGAUUGUUUACUACCUUAAACCAGACUGGUCCAAACUUGGAGAAGCCCAGGUGUGGAUUGAUGCAGGCACUCAGAUUUUCUUCUCCUAUGCCAUCGGCCUGGGUGCCCUGACUGCGCUGGGCAGCUAUAAUCGCUUCCAUAACAACUGUUACCAUUUCUGUGUUCUCCAGUCUGAAAUCGGCUUUGGGAAACUUGAGACCUACAUCAAACUGGACAAACUAGGGGAGGGGACCUAUGCUACAGUGUUUAAGGGGCGAAGCAAGUUAACAGACAACUUAGUAGCUCUGAAGGAGAUCCGGCUGGAGCACGAGGAGGGGGCGCCCUGCACGGCUAUCCGGGAAGUGUCUCUACUGAAGGACUUGAAGCACGCCAAUAUUGUCACUCUCCAUGACAUUAUCCACACUGAGAAGUGCCUGACACUCGUGUUUGAGUACCUGGAAAAAGAUCUGAAGCAGUACAUGGAUGACUGUGGGAGCAUAAUGAGUGUUCACAAUGUCAAGAUUUUCCUAUUCCAGCUGUUGCGAGGUCUGGCGUACUGCCACAGAAGAAAGGUCCUCCACAGAGACCUCAAACCCCAGAACCUGCUCAUCAAUGAGAAAGGAGAGCUCAAACUGGCAGAUUUCGGUUUGGCGAGAGCUAAAUCUGUUCCUACGAAGACCUACUCCAAUGAAGUUGUGACAUUAUGGUACCGGCCACCAGAUGUGCUUCUGGGCUCCACUGAGUACUCUACACCCAUUGAUAUGUGGGGUGUGGGCUGCAUCUUUUACGAGAUGAUCACUGGCAGACCUCUCUUCCCUGGAUCCACUGUGGAAGAUGAGCUACAUCUCAUAUUCCGCAUCCUAGGUACUCCUACAGAAGAGACUUGGACUGGAAUCACCACCAGUGAAGAGUUUAAGACGUACAAAUUUCCUCGAUACAACGCAGAGCCCCUCGUCAACCACGCACCCAGGAUAGACAACGAUGGCCACGACCUCCUCUCACUGCUUCUUCAGUUUGAGGCUAAGAAGCGGGUAUCAGCUGAAGACGCUCUGAAACACUCGUAUUUCAAAUGUUUUGGGGAGGAGGUUCAAACGCUGUCUGACAUCACAUCCAUCUUCUCUGUAAAAGGCAUUCAGCUUCAGAAGGAUCCAGGGAAGAGAUCCUCAGUCUUCCCAGAGUCAACGAUGGCCCAUAAGCUAGGCUCUGCACCCUCGCAGUACUUCCAGAGAGAAGCAGCCAAUCCCAGGGCUCAGAGUCAAAAUCUCUCCUCCACUUCCACAGGCUGAGUGGCCCCUACCGUUCUGCCCAGGGGAAGAGCAGGAGGCAGAGUGUGUUGUUUUAGUGCUGGCGGGGGCGCUGAGGUGAGGAGGACAGAGACACGUGGAGCUGUCCUGUCAGACAUACGUUCACUGACCCUGCCACACACACACUGAAGGAGCGACACACACCCUGCCACAGAAACACACACACUGAAAAAAA